GUCGCAAUCGUCAUCGAUCUUCUCCCUCCCGCUCUUUCAUUUCUGAUCACAAACCCUAAUCGCGAUUAUUAAUCAUAUACAAUACCAUCUAAGAUCAAACCCCCAACCUAAUUGGUCGAGUCGUCACUCCAUUUGUUUGAUUUGUGUCAAGUUAAUGUCGCGUUCGUUCAAAUCAAACAACCAGGGUGGAUGCACUGCCGCUGUUACUGGGAAUAACAAGCCUAGCGAAUCGUCAUGGGAUACUGUAUCUUGCAAUCUAUGGGUCGGGAAUUUGGCUGCCGAUGUUUCGGAUUCAGAUUUGAGGAAUCUCUUUGAGAAACACGGCUGUGUGGAAACCAUCACUUGUUAUCCGUCAAGGAAUUACGCGUUUAUUUACUUGAAGGGCGCUGAGGAUGCCAAGAGGGCUAGGGAUAACCUUCAAGGCGUGGUUCUACGUGGAAACCCGCUAAAGAUUGACUUUGCUAAACCGGCUAAACCCUGUAAGAGCUUGUGGGUUAGUGGUAUCAGUACUUCCAUAUUAAAAGAAGAUUUAGAAGAAGAAUUUUCUAAAUUUGGCAAAAUUGAGGAUUUUAAAUUCCAACGCGAUAAAAAUUCAGCGUACAUUGAUUAUUGUAGACUAGAAGAUGCAUCUAAGGCUCUUAAAGCUAUGCAUGGCAAGCAAAAAGGUGGGACCAUGAUUCGUGUGGAUUAUCUCAGAUCUCAUUCUAGAAGAUCUAACUAUGUCAUCAAUUUGUUUUGCAUGUACUUUUUGCUUGGCUUGAUCAAACAGGACCAGGGGCCUGAUUUCCAUGAACCGAAGGAAGGACAGCAUUACAGAAGUAUGGGUCUUGUUUCACCUUGGUUACCACAAGAUCCUGCUAGGAAUUACUCUGAUCCUCUUAAUUAUGGAUCCAAUAGACUGCAGCCUAUUCUGCCAUCAGAAGGUCUAAAAGGGGACAAGGAACAACCAAGUAAUGUUUUGCUUAUAUCAUAUCCUCCCGUUGUUCAUAUUGAUGAACAGAUGUUGCACAAUGCUAUGAUUUUAUUUGGUGAGAUUGAAAGGAUCAGAAGUUUUCCUUCAAGAUACUGCUCAUUCGUUGAGUUUAGAAGCGUGGAAGAGGCUCAGCUUGCCAAGGAGGGGUUGCAGGGAAAGCUUUUCAAUGAUUCUAGGAUAUCAAUUACGUUCAAAAUAAAUGAUGUCACACUGAACCAACAUCCUAAUGGAUUUCUUCCUGGUAUUGAAGGGCCAAGGCCUAAUUCAUUAUUUAACGAAGUUCCAUUCCAAGCAGCACAAUUGGAUGCAAUUGGUCUACCAAUAGUGCCAAAUAGCUUCCAUGGGCGUGCGGUUCCUCAUGGUGUUGGAGGACCAGUUACUUCUAUGCGACCUUUUGCUCCUCCUGGUAGCUUUGUACCUAUACUCCCAGGUCCAGAGUUUGGUGUGUCUGACCCUAAUCCUAACAAUCCAAUAGGUGGUCCUAAUUGGAGGUCUUCUCCUUCCAGUGGGAUGCUUUCUUCUCCUUCAGUAAGUAGGAAUCCAUCCACCAAGCCAACUCUUGGGUCAUGGGAUAUUUAUGAUGCAAGUCAAAUUCAACGGGAGCCCAAAAGGUUGAGAACUGGUGAUGCUGUGCCCUUAAAAGAAAAUAAUGAUCGGGUUUUGCCAACUGAUCAAAUAUGCAGAGGCGUUCCACAAGUUAAGGGUGUUGGUCCCUCAAACACAAGAUUCACAAGUAGAAAUCCUGACAUUGGUCGUCCACGUGCCGACUCUAUGUGGCGAGGCAUCAUUGCUAAGGGUGGAAUUCCUGUUUGUCAUGCACGCUGUGUUCCUGUUGGAGAUUGGAUUGGUUAUGAGAUCCCUGAAAUUGUAAAUUGCUCUGCUAGAACAGGAUUGGAUCUGCUGUCAAAACAUUAUGCAGAUGCUGUUGGUUUUGAUAUCAGUUUCUUCUUGCCUGAUAGUGAAGAGGAUUUUGCUUCAUAUACCGAAUUGCUACGGUACUUGGGUGACCAUAAUCGAGCUGGUGUUUCCAAAUUUGAUGAUGGGACCACUUUAUUCUUAGUCCCACCUUCUGAAUUUCUAACAACAGUUUUGAAGGUUUCUGGGCCUGAGCGGCUCUAUGGGGUUGUUCUUAAGUUCCCACAACAUGCUUCUGACAGCAUAUCUGGUCCCUCGAUAAGCCAGCCUCAGCAGAUUGAUAAAUUGCAGGUUCCUUCUCAAAAUGAGCAUGGUGUUGUGCCCAAGGAUGAGAAAAUGCUACAAAACACGUAUAGUGGUGUUUCACAUGAGUUACCAAGAUCCCAUCCAGAGCCGCUAGGUCCUAUAACUAGUAAUCCCCAGCCUGCAUAUCUUGUGCCACCAGUUACCUCUACUUGUACCACUCCGGCUGGACUUUCUUUAACACCUGAACUUGUUGCAACUCUGGCUUCUUUAGCCAAGAUAAAUUCUAAUGGCCUUCAACCAGGAGCUAAUACAGUGACAGGGUCACUACUGACUUCUGUUGCAUCUGAUGAAAGACAAUUUCAGGGACGAAAUGAACAUGAAACAUCCAAUUUAGCUGGACCUUAUGUACAACAAGUUGGCAGUACAUUUCAGUCACAGGCACAAAUCUUGCCGCAGCAUCAGCCUUAUCUAUCAAAUACAGUUGGUGCCCUUAAUUUGGCAGUUACCCAAGAAAGUCAUAUUCAAGGUCUUUCUUUCAAUAUGCCACACCAUGAGGCAGUGGCAUCUAUGACAAAUUCUAACAUUCAGACACCACAGGGUGUACAAUUUGCACUUCCCAUGCAGGCCACUCAGCAAUACCAACUCGAUUACUCACAGGAUAUGCACACCGACUCUGGUUUUCAAAAGAAUACAGAGGCUCCCUCCGUGAUUCAUCCUGGAUUUAAUGCUGUUACAUCCUCAGGCCAGCUAACCUCCUGCUUCAGAUACAUCAGAAGCGGCCUGGUGCUGAAGCAGGGGGAACGGACAGAAACCACUAAGGAGGUUCCUUUCAUCAAGGGCCAAAGCAGUUUAACGACUUGGUUUGGCUGGUGGAGACCGUGUGCUCUAAUGGUUUUACGUUUUUUAUACCUGAACCCGAAAACUUCUCUCUUUGUAUCGUACUUUGCUAAGAUUCUUUUCGUUCAUGAAUUUCUAAUGUUGCUAUUUUAUACCACUUCAAAGUAAAUGUGCAAAUUUGAUAUUUCA